UGUUGCGGCGUCCAAUGGUUAGGCGCUGCAUAGUGGACCCAAAGUGUUGGUAGAGGCGGUUCCGGUGUGUUACAUUGCGUUCCUACAGUCGGACCGGGAUCGCUGGUUUUCCUCUGUCGCUGGAGUUUUAGGCGAGAAGUGAACAUGUCUGGUCGCGGAAAGCAAGGCGGCAAAGUGCGGGCGAAGGCCAAGUCCCGGUCCUCCCGUGCCGGACUGCAGUUCCCGGUGGGCCGAGUGCACAGACUGCUGCGCAAAGGCAACUACGCGGAGCGAGUAGGCGCUGGGGCGCCGGUGUACCUGGCAGCGGUGUUGGAGUACCUGACCGCGGAGAUCCUGGAGUUGGCAGGCAAUGCCGCGCGUGACAACAAGAAGACCAGGAUAAUCCCUCGUCACCUGCAGCUCGCCAUCCGCAACGACGAGGAGCUAAACAAGCUGCUGGGAAAAGUGACCAUCGCUCAGGGCGGCGUCCUGCCCAACAUCCAGGCCGUGCUGCUGCCCAAGAAGACGGAGAGUCAGAAGGCGAAGAGCAAGUGACUCUGACGCCGCCACAGGGGAGCUGGCUUCCCGAGCAAAGGCUCUUUUUUUUCAUAGCCGCCCCGCAGUGUUUUUGAAUAUGCUGAAUGUCAUGGAGGGUCGGCGCGAUCUAGUGGGGAGGUGGGUUGCGAGGUGCCCACCGGGGUCAGGAGCCAAUAAAGUCGGUGAAAAUC